GGGUGGGGAGUGCCUCUACUGAGUGGUUACCCGCGGCUGCUUGGGCAGCCUCCGCAAUCGGCAAAUUCACUCUUCCUGCAAACGCACCACGACUAAACCACCAGCACCACCAGCCGUGGGCUCGCACGUGUCUCGCCGUGUGCCACGCAACCCAGGUAUCGCUCACCUGCGCAUAUCAUUGCACCCCUGCCUCGUCACGUGGAUGGAUUAACUGGGGAUUUGUGUUGGCAAGGGCAGAGAAAGGAGAGAGAGUGUGGCAGCUCGAGUGAGUGGAGCCGGUGUAGGGACAUCAGCGGAUGAUGAUGGCGGGGAUGAUGAAGAUGAUGACGGCGGUGCUGGUGAUGGUGCUGCUGCUCGGAUGGUCUCCAGCGGCUGUCGCGUGCCCCAGCCGCUGCCUGUGCUUUCGCACCACAGUGAGGUGCAUGCACCUCCAACUGGACACGGUGCCCCGUGUGGACCCACGCACCACCAUCCUAGACCUGAGGUUCAACCGAAUCAGGGAGCUGCCCACGGGGACUUUCCGUGGCCUCAAGAACCUCACCACCCUACUGCUGAACAACAAUGAGCUUCGGCGAAUACCACGGAAGGUGUUUGACGAGCUGGAGAAUCUGCGAUACCUGUACCUCUACAAGAACGAGAUCCAGAGCAUCGAGAGGCAAGCAUUCAAGGGCCUGAAGUCCUUAGAGCAACUAUACAUUCAUUUCAACCUCGUGGAAAACUUGGAACAGGAAACCUUCAGCCAUCUGCCCAGGCUGGAGAGGCUGUUUCUGCACAACAACAAGAUCGCACGCAUCCCCGCCCGGGCCUUCUUCCACCUCGACUCCCUCAAGCGACUGCGGCUGGACUCCAACCGGCUGGUUUGCGAGUGUGACCUCAAGUGGCUGUCAAACCUUCUCAAGUCCAUCCUGAAGCACGGCAACGGGCAGGCGGCCGCCACCUGCGAGCAGCCGGCGAGCCUGUACGGACGCACGCUCGUCUCGCUCAGCGCCGAGGAGUUCGACUGCGGCGAGCCGCACGCCGAGCGGCCCCGCAUCUUGGCGGAGCCGAGGGACGUGGACGUGACGCUGGGCAAGACGGUCCACUUCACGUGCCACGCCGAGGGGAACCCCAAGCCCGAGAUCAUCUGGCUGCACAACAACAACGAGGUGGACAUGACCGAGGAUCGGCUGGACCUGCUGGAGAACGGCACGCUGAUGAUCCGCAACACGCGCGAAUCCGACCAAGGGAUCUACCAGUGCAUGGCUAAGAACGUGGCGGGGGAGGCGAAGACGAGCGAGGCUCUGCUGCGCUACUACGGAGGACCCACCCCGGCGACCUUCGUGAUCCAGCCCCAGAACACGGAGGUGCUGGUGGGGGAGAGCGUGACGCUGGAGUGCAGCGCGACGGGACACCCGACCCCGCGCAUCACGUGGACUCGCGGCGACGGCUCGUCGCUGCCCCGCGACCCCCGCUUCUCCACGCCGCCCACGGGCGGCCUGCACAUCCACAACGCGUCGCGCGCCGACGCGGGGCAGUACUCGUGCCACGCGUCCAACAACCAGGACGCCGUGCGCGCCAGCGCGCUCAUCAUCGUGCAAGAGCCGCCAGAGUUCGUGGUGUUGCCCACCAACCAGACGCUGGUGGAGGGUCAGACCGUGGACUUCCUGUGCGAGGCACGCGGGGAUCCCCAGCCGAGCAUCUCGUGGACCAAGGCCGGUUACCCCGUGGUGAGCGAGGGACGCUUCUCUCUGCUGCCGCCCGGCACGCUGCGCAUCGCGCGCGCCGAGGUGCGCGACAGCGGCCGCUACCGGUGCCAAGCGAGGAACGCCGUGGGCUCGCGGAACGCCGACGCCACACUCAGUAUCACCCGUCGCCAGGCGCCGGUGAUCACGGUCUUGCCCUCCGACAUCAAGACGGAGUCUGGUCACCACGUGCGAAUAUACUGCAGCGCACAGGGAGAGCCGCAGCCCGGCAUCACCUGGACGAAGGACGGGGCGCAGCUGUCGGAGAGCGGGAAGUUCGUGAUGAGCGCCGAAGGCUUUCUCAUGGUGCGCGACGUCAACACGGGCGACGAGGGCCGCUACGAGUGCGUGGCGCGCAACUCCGUGGGGCAAGCGUCCGCCGGCAUGCUGCUCUCCAUCAAGGUGCCUGAGGUGGUGCGCUCGGGGGACUCGUUCGUGGAGGAGUCCCUGAAGGAGGCGAUCCGGAGCGUGAACAGUGCCAUCAACUCUACCCAGCGCGAGCUCUUUGACAAGCGUCCGCGCACGGCGGCAGACCUGCUGGCGCUGUUCCGCUACCCGCGCGACCCCGACACGCUGGAGCAGGUGCGCGCCGCCGAGAUCUUCGAGCGCACGCUGCAGCUCGUGCACGAGCACGUGCGCGCCGGCCUCACCGUCGAUCUCAACGGCACGGGCUUCCGCUACAACGACCUGGUGUCCCCGCGCUACCUGGAGCUCAUCGCCAACCUGUCGGGCUGCACGGCGCACCGCCGCGCGCCCAGCUGCUCGGACGCGUGCUUCCACCAGCGCUACCGCACCGUGGACGGCAGCUGCAACAACCUGCAGCACCCGAUGUGGGGCGCGUCGCUCACGGCCUUCGCGCGCCUCGUGGAGCCGGCCUACGAGAACGGCUUCAACGAGCCGCGCGGGGGCGGCGCCUCGGGCCGCGGGCGGCCGCGCCGCGGCUUCCCGCUGCCGACGCCGCGCCGCGUCUCGGCCGAGCUGGUGGGCACCGAGAAGAUCACGCCGGACGAGCGGCACACGCACAUGCUCAUGCAGUGGGGCCAGUUCCUGGACCACGACAUGGACCUGACGGUGGUGUCGCCGAGCCAGGCGCGCUUCUCGGACGGCGAGCCGUGCGCCCGCGCCUGCACCGACGACCCGCCGUGCUUCCCCAUCGAGCUGCUGCCGGACGACCCGCGCGGGGGUCGCCGCGGCGGCAGCGGGGGCGGCGCCGCGGCGGCGGCGGCGGCGGGGCGGUGCAUGUUCUUCGUGCGCUCGAGCCCCGUGUGCGGCAGCGGCGCCACGUCGCUGCUCAUGAGCUCGGUGCUGCCGCGCGAGCAGAUCAACCAGCUGACGUCGUACAUCGACGGCUCGAACGUGUACGGCAGCUCGGAGCGCGAGGCGGCCGACGUGCGCGACCGCUCGUCGCGCCGCGGUCUGCUGCGCCGCGGCAUCGCGGUGGGCGCGGCCGGCAAGCACCUGCUGCCCUUCGCCACGGGCCCCCCGACCGAGUGCAUGCGCGACGAGAGGGAGAGCCCCAUCCCCUGCUUCCUCGCCGGGGACCAGCGCUCCAACGAGCAGCUGGGCCUCACCUCCAUGCACACGCUGUGGAUGCGCGAGCACAACCGCAUCGCCGCCGAGCUGCUCAAGCUGAACCCGCACUGGGACAGCGACACCAUCUACCACGAGUCGCGCAAGAUCGUCGGCGCGCAGAUGCAGCACAUCACCUACGCGCACUGGCUGCCCAAGGUGUUGGGCGCCGACGCCAUGCGCUCCGAACUAAGGCCCUAUGCGGGCUAUGACCCCUCCGUGAACUCGGCCAUCUUCAACUCCUUCGCCACGGCCGCCUUCCGCUUCGGCCACACGCUCAUCAAUCCCGUGCUGCUGCGCCUCAACGAGUCCUUCCAGCCCAUCCCCGAGGGCCACCUGCCGCUCCACCGCGCCUUCUUCUCGCCGUUCCGCCUCGUCAACGAGGGCGGCAUCGACCCGCUGCUGCGCGGCCUCUUCGCCACGCCCGCCAAGAAGCGCGUGCCGUCUGAGCUGCUCAACCUGGAGCUGACGGAGAAGCUGUUCCACAUGGCGCACAGCGUGGCGCUCGACCUCGCCUCGAUGAACGUGCAGCGCGGCCGCGAGCACGGCCUGCCCUCCUACGCCGCCUACCGCGAGUUCUGCAACCUCACGGCGGCCGGCGACUUCGAGGGGCUGAGCGGAGAGAUCCGCGACCCCGUGGUCAGGGAGAAGCUGCGCAAGCUCUACGGGACCCCCGAGAACAUUGACCUGUGGCCGGCCCUGAUCGUGGAGGACGUGAUUCCGGGCUCGCUGGUGGGGCCCACCCUCCUGUGCCUCUUCACGGAGCAGUUUCGCCGCCUCAGAGAUGGAGACAGGUUCUGGUACGAGAACCCGGGAGUGUUCUCCCCAGCGCAGCUCACGCAGAUCCACCAGAGCUCGCUGUCGCGCGUGCUCUGCGACAACGGCGACGCCAUCACGCUGGUGCCGCCCGACGCCUUCGCCGUGUCCGCGUACCCGCAGGGAUACGUGGCAUGCGGCACCCUGCCCCACGUCGACCUGCGCAUGUGGCAGGACUGCUGCCAAGACUGCCGGGCACGCGGACAGUUCAACGCCAUCUCCAACCACUUUCGGAGCAAACGCUCGCCGGAGUUCAGCUACCCGGGGGAGAGGCCAGGGGACCGGCACGAGAAGCGGGAAACGAGCGAAGGCUCCGCCCAGCACAAUGUAACGCAGCGCACACAGGAGCGGGAGGAGGAUUCGAGUCUGCAGGAACUUCGGGGCGUCGUGUCGGCUCUGCAGCGCACGGUGGAGCAGCUGCGCUCGCAGGUCAGUGGUUUGGAGCAGGCGCUGCACAAGGACGGCCGAUGUAAGAACGCGGACGGGAAGGAGCGAGCACAUCAGGAGACCUGGCACAGGGAUGCCUGCAGCGAAUGCCACUGUGAGAGAGGCGAGGUGGUCUGCCACGUGGAGAGAUGUCCUCCCAUCAACUGCCCUUCUCCAGAGCGCCUGGAAGGAAGCUGCUGCCCCAUCUGUGUAGAACAGGCAGACCCCAGAGAAGGUGACGGAAGGGUGGAUGUUGCAUAAGGAAGAGGGACGGCUGGUCUCUCCGUUUCUAAAAAAAGAAAAACACUGCCCUGCUUAUCCCCUCCAUCCUCACCCUGCUCCAUCCCCCAAAGCACUGCCCUAAAAAA